GCGCACUGCUGAGUAAUGCGAAGGACCACUUGGUACGGAUGUGCACAAGCCGAGGCCGACAGCAGCACCCACCGCGGCGGACAUGGCGCACAGCGCCCUGAGGGGACGGCGGAACCGCGCCCACCCGCGCCUCCCGUCAGCGGCAGUGGGGGAGGGGCAGCACCACGUGACAGCGGGACGGCGCGCGGGCUGAGGGAGGGGAAGGGCGGGACGAAUGGGGGAGGGGGGUCGUCACGUGGCUCGCGGCCCCCAGCGGAGCGGGUGGGGCUUAGCGUGCUCGCCCUUCCGGUCGGCGCGGGGGCGGGGCGUGUGACGCACUUCCGCUUCCGCUUGAGCGUAGGGGUGGCGGUGGUGCUGCGGGCCGCCGCCUGCUGCCUGGUUCCGCUCCGGCCUGUACCGUGCUGCGCUUCUCCCGCAGAUGCUUUACCCGACCAGUCCCCCGCGAAGACCUCCAAAGUGAGCAGUGCGAAGCCCGGCCAGCAGCCCUCCCAGCCGCCGCAGGGUUGGCCGCCAUCGAAUCCUUGGAACAACCCGAGCGCUCCGCCUGCCGGGCCCGCAGCACUGCCGCCAAACACGUCCGCUUCCAGCGUGCCCUUCGGACCUCCGCCUACAGGAAUGUAUCCUUCAAUGCCCCCCGGACCGCCUGCUCCAUUUCCUCCUCCUCCUCCUACCGGACCCUCUUGCCCUCCUCCCGGAGGUCCAUAUCCACCCCCAACUGUGCCAGGUCCUGUCCCACCGGGGCAGUAUCCUCCACCAAACAUGCCCUUUCCAGAGCUUCCAAGACCUUACGGUGGUCCAACGGAGCCAGCUGCGCCUCCUGCUCCCGUUGGGCCGUGGGGAUCCAUGCCCUCUGGAGCAUGGGGACCGACAAUGGGAGGGCAGUAUCCUGCACCCAGCAUGCCAUAUCCACCCCCGGGGCCAUACUCUGCUCCUACCCAGACUCCAGGGGCAGCGCCAACAGUACCGUGGGGUACAGUCCCACCUGGAACGUGGGGACCUUCACCGCCAGGUCCGUUUCCUCCACCCGCAGGAUCAUACCCGGCUCCAGGACUAUAUCCUACGCCCCCUAAUCCUUUUCAAGUGCCGUCUGGUCCUGCUGGUGCUCCAUCAAUGCCAGGCGGCCCCCAUCCUUACCGUUGAAUACGUUCUGGGCAACAAAGUACUGUAGCUUUCCACCUUCAUCCACUACUUACAGAGAUUUUUACAGUUUUUGUUUCAGUAAUGUUUGGGGCUAUGAAGAAUACUUGCCUCUUGUAUGUGCAUUUGAGGUAUGAAGGAGCAAUUUAGCAAUUUGCAUAACAUUAACUUGCUCGUAUGCUGGCGUAAUUGUUUGGUUUAAUAAAACGAGCUACAAAGAGCAGAAGUCAAACUGAAAUCUACGGUUCUUACUCUGGCAAAUAUUCCUUGGGAGAACGAGAGCUGCCAAGUAAGGACUGUAAAGAAUCAGGCACAAGGACUUGCAGAUCAAAAACAGCUUAAAUUUCCACGGAUGCUUUAGGUCUUGUUGCCAGACUCGUGCUGGUUGUUGAAUGGAUGGGUAGUCAUAUCUUGUCUAUUUUCAGGUUAUUCUAAAAUGUCUCAAUAAAGAGUAUUUCAAGAUUUUUGUCAGGAAAUGUAAUUUUUGAGCGUGCUACAGUAAUGGAAAUGAAAGAGACGGAGCGCGUGGACUCGAAGGCUUUCUCAGCAUUUUGUAAAUACUCAACAGAAUUGCUCAGUCUGGGACUGCGGAGGAGAAGACGUGCGUUGAAAUGCCUGGUCUGACCUGUCAGCACUCUGCUGCUGUUUGCAGACGGGCGUUUCUGUGCGGAUGGAGUGACCUGGAUGUGCAGUUCCCUUGGAAUCAACCGGUGUGAGUUUCGUGCAUGCCAAUGAGGACUUCGUUUUGCCAGUUCUCGUUCUGUGGUGGUUGGAGGUUUGACUUGGUCUAUGUAAAGAAUUAAUUCCCACGUAGGUAAAGUACUCCCCUAUAUCUAACCUGGGUUCUGGUUGUUUAAAAUAUGACUUGUCUGCCGGGUUGUGUAAACUCAGCAGGUGUUUUCAGAGUCCCUAGAAACUGAACUUGAGCUUAAAAGACGAAUAAAACCGGCCUGGCCAUUCCCUUCCCAGCAGGUUUUGGUGGGGCGUUUAUGUCUGUGUGCUACAGAGAUCCCUUGUGCCAUCCUUACUGCCACGGCUGGGAGCGAGCAAGUCUCAUUGGGCUCCACUGAACGUGGGAAUGGAGAGCAGCGCUCUGUUCCCAGCAAGGUGCCUGCAUACUUCACUGAGAGAGCAGAAUCUGGGAGGCGUUGAAUGUUUAGAAGCCCGUGUGCUGCUGUGUGGCUGUCCCUGCUCUGGGAGGGGCACUGCAGUAAGUUUUAUAUUCUUGCCAUAUCUGUGCAAAGGACGUGCUGGGGUAACUGCUGGUGUAGCAUUACUGAGGCACAGCCACGUGUUGGUGAGGAGCUCUGGUGGUACUUCAUAGCCUGAUUUGACAGUGGACAUUUUGUUUAUCCCCAGAUGGGGGUAUCCUAACUUAGCCUCUGUAGGUAGAAUUAGGAACCGAUGUUGCUUAACAUGGUAGCUCGUUAGGGAGUCUUUGUAUCGUGGAACUGUGAAAGCAAGUUAAUUUGCUUCCCAUACCUUCCCAUGGCUUCCUGCAUGCAUAUGAUGAACUUCUCCAGACCAAGUGGGGUGACCUGGUGGUGGUGGUGGUGCCUGUUAGCUGUCCCAGCCCUUAUGGCAGAGCCCUGCGGUGUCUUUGCGGAGGAGAGCUGCGGCUCGUUUUAAUCUGCCAUGAAAACUGAAGGUACGUGCAUCGUUCGUCCUUUAGUUAUAGGAAGGCAGUACUGGAGCUGAAGAGAAAUGCUUCACAUUCCGGCAUAAAUCCCAGCUCUGUAACCCAAGGAAUCAGAACCCAAAGUGUCAGUAUUACCUGAAACAAAGCCCUUGGCCUCCCAGGCAGCACGCUUCACUUGGAUCUUGGCAAGACCAAUUACAAAUACAGUAGAACACUGCCUACAUUUGCUCAAGUGCUUUUAAUUUCAAUACCCGCAGCCUUAGGUUAUAAACCAGUGCGACGAACAACACCUAUCCCACGUGAAUGGAUCGUGCAGCACGCUCCAGUCUCAGAUUGCACUCGUGUGUCUUUGCAGGGAAUGGGAAGAGGUAGGAAAGGAGAGGGCAGCAAACGUAGCAAGUAAUGACUCACGGAAGGGCGUCUGUGAUGGUAAGCAGGCUUCUGGGUUCCUCCUGAAGUAGGCAGGAUUUAUUACUGGAACACUUAGGCUAAAAUUCAGUAUAUAUGGGAUGUUUUUUCAAUGUAUAUUCGUAUUUCUUGAGGUCAUGAGAACUGUUUCAUAACCCCUUUGUUUUUGUGAGCAAAGUUCUUUGCAUAGCAGUGAAAAAAGGGUAUACCUGUUAAUCUAUUGUGUAAAAACUCAAGUUGUCACUAUAUGCCGUGUAGUAACUUUAUCACAUGUUAUGUCAAGUGUGAGCAACUUCUGGCCUGAAGCUUUUGCAAUGGAAUUCGUACAUUUCUAUGCAUCGUUUGAGUUAAAUUGCUGAGAAGUUUGUUUUGUGCUUUGAGGUUGACAUACUGCAUUUGUUUACAAUAUGAAAUAUAAGCAAUCACAUCUUUAAAGUAUAGAUUAUCACCUGCUGCUGUAUUUUCUUUAGAUGAAACAAAUAUUGCUGUAUGAUAGUGAGAAGCUAUAAAUACAGGAUUUGAUAUUUUUUUGAAAAUGCUGUCACUUUUGUAUAAGAUUAGACAUUAAACGUAUUUUCAAGACUGUUGUGUUCACUGUUUUUCACUUACAGCCUUUGACAUGCUUGUGUAGAUCUCUUUUCUUUGCCUUGAAUUGAAUAGUAAAGAAAUAGGACAUCCUUGAUUUGCAACGACUGAAUAUAAAAUCAGAAUUAUUUGA